ACCAAGAACCUGGACUUCCGCAGGAAGUGGGACAAGGAUGAGUACGAGAAACUCGCGGAGAAGCGGCUCACGGAGGAGAGGGAGAAGAAAGAUGGCAAACCAGCUCAGCCUGUCAAAAGGGAACUCCUGCGACACCGGGACUACAAAGUGGACCUGGAAUCCAAGCUGGGGAAAACCAUUGUCAUCACCAAAACUACCCCUCAGUCAGAGAUGGGAGGGUAUUACUGUAAUGUAUGUGACUGUGUGGUGAAGGAUUCCAUCAACUUCUUGGAUCACAUCAAUGGCAAAAAACACCAGAGGAAUCUGGGCAUGUCCAUGCGGGUGGAGCGCUCCACGCUGGACCAGGUGAAGAAACGCUUUGAGGUGAACAAGAAGAAGAUGGAGGAGAAGCAGAAGGAUUAUGACUUUGAGGAGAGGAUGAAGGAACUCCGUGAGGAGGAGGAGAAGGCCAAAGCCUACAAGAAGGAGAAGCAGAGAGAGAAGAAGAGGCGGGCGGAGGAAGAUUUGACCUUUGAAGAGGAUGAUGAAAUGGCAGCUGUGAUGGGUUUCUCUGGUUUUGGCUCAACCAAAAAGAGCCACUGAACAGCUCUGGACUCUCCUCUUUCUCUAAACAGCUUGUUUUUACCCAGGGAACUCUGGAUAACUCUUCAAAGACUUGAUUGAGGACUUGUAUGUAAAUCUCCCAGUAGAAGUUGGCUGGAAGAGUUGAAAAGCAAUUCCAUACUCUACCUGUGCUGCAGAUCAAGCUCUGCCUCUCAUUAGCUUCCCUUCUCCUUCUGUGUCCUAGAUCUGGCUGCUCUGUGGCUGUGUGUGUGCAGGGAAGUGCUCUGUUGGGUACAUUUUUUUGUCAAUAAAGUGCACAUUCUGCACAGGUGGCCUGGUUCAGGAUUAAUCUAGUUGUCAACCAGGCCCUACUUGUCACCCAAGCUGUGUUUGAGAUGCUGGGAGGGAUUCACUUUUAGGCUCAUAAUGAAGGAAAUGUGCCACAGCAAGCAGUGUGAGAGGUGCAUCUUUAUGGCUUGUGCUGAGCAGAGCUGGUGGCUGCAUGGAGUCUGGGUUGCUGAAACUUUCCUGUGUGUUUUUUCUGCAAGGGAGACUUCCCUCUUUUUCUUUGUGUUUUAGCCCAUAAUUUGAGUAUCUUUAAGGCAGGGGAGAAAUUCCUCACCAUGACUGGUCUAGGAUAGAGCCAAUGGAAGAAAGGUGUGUACAAUUUGCCAGAAAUAAAUGGAAUGUUUUAAUGGGCCCUUUGGUGGGGUUUUGAUGCCUUCUUUAUUUUGAGAACUUUGAAGAGCACAGAGCUGGGGUGGCGUUCUGGGGAUCCAGUGGUGGCAGAGGUGAGGUGUGUGCCUUCCUCUCCUGGCUCAGCUCCCAGCUGCCCUAGGCAGACCAUUGCCAUCAUUCUUGCCUUUUUUAAGUAAUUCUGGAGAUGGGUGUGAGAAUAUGGAAGGGGAAGGGAGUUCAGGGCUGGGGACCUUCAUUCCCAUCAGGCAAUCCAAGACAGGCUGGGCUGUGUUCCAGGUUUUACCAGCCUCAGUAUAUUAAGGGCCAUUUUUUUCCUGUCUGCUGGCUGUCAGUGUCUUUUCACCUCUACCUUCCCCUAAAUCCACUUCAUUUCUGCUUUUAUUUACCUCAGUCAAACCUUGUGUGACUCAUUUCCGUCUGCAGUUAGGAUUUAUAUUUUGCAUGGCUGGGUUUUGGUAGCUCUGUCUCGCUCUCCUCUCUCUUUUUAUGUAUAUUGAUGAAAUCCUUGCGCUUGCCCUUCUCCGUGCUCGUAUGAAAUUUCCAGCCUGGGGAAGGCUGCAGUGUUUAGCCUGCUCUUUCUAAUACAUCUAGAACAAAUCCUGUAA